AUGAGCUCCAAUAAUAAACGUAUCCCCUUGGAAGACGCCAUUAUAGUCGGAGGAGAGGCCAUUUCCAGGGCUGCUCUGGAAUUUGACGUUCGUCUAAUUAUGCAUAGAAAAUGCGAUUUCACCACCUUCACAAGCGUUUGGUCCCAUUAUAACUUUUCGUUGAUCCACUUUGCUUGCCCUGAGAAGACUGGCCGAUCAGUGUUUAUGCAAAAUCUGUAUCAAUUAUUUAUUGGCUAUUAUCACACCUCCCGUCUGGUGGAGGUAAAAUUGGGUGUUCUUUAUGGAAUAUACCUUCUGUUUUUUACGCAACCAGAUAAUCUCGAAAAGAUCAGAAUUCGGAUCUCACUCAGCAUGUAUUCUGGCUAUUGCCAACAGCACGAUCUAUUUGAUGCCGAGUAUAUUUAUGAACGACUCGUUGCCGAAAGUGCUUUCGAAUUGGUCGCGGUAGUAGAUCCGUGCGGUGAAUACGGGAGGGACAGGCGCAAGAAGAGAGGGAUGAUCCCAAAUUCAAUUUCGGAGAUCAAGCGAGAGAUGACGAUGGCACCGAUGGGCGAAUUUGAAAACCCGGAUUCAUUGGAUAAGCUUGAACAGAUCGCAAACCAAUAUUACGCAAAGAAACGUAAGAUCGCCGAUACAGAAGAGGCCAAGGUCGCAUCGCGUAAGGUCACUCGUCAAAAGAUGAAGUCGAAUCCUCCAAGUGACUGUCCACUAGACAUCUGGUCGAUCGUCGCUCCUUUAAGUGCAUCCGACGAAAAUAUUACCACCAUUCUAAGAGACAGGAUCGAGCAAAUCAAGAACGAACGACACGAAUUCUUGACUAAAGAUGACAGCGAUCAGAAUGAAGAUACGAAUAGUGAAGAUGACCAAGAGAAUGCGACGGCGUUCCAAAUACGAAAUAAGAUACGAUCUCAACCAUACAAUACGAAGAGAAGGCAAUACGUUCCAUUUGCCAUGCAGGCAACCGUAAGAGCCAUGGAAAGAGAUGCGGAGGUUCGAUCAUCUGGUGCUAAAGCACAAGUUAGGGCUUCCAAUUCUCUGGAUAAUGAUUCUCCGUAUCUAUCAUAA